UCAUCAGAUUCACGUUUAGAAAACUGUUUGGAAUUUCAGCUUGUCUUGUUCUAAGUCACCUAGGUAAUCAUUUAGUCCUGUCAUCGAGUCGUAAAUAAUAAACUGACGCAAGCUGUCAACAGCUCCAGUUGAUUAAUUGGUGAUAAUUACUGUAAAUGAAAUCUUGAAAUAACACCCGUUCCCACUCAUAAAACUGCUCUACUCUUAAAACGUAAACAAAAACAACCGCGUAACUGUGUAUGUCUGAUUACAAUAUGAAUCUAAUAACAUUAAGCAAUAUAAAUAAAUAGCGACCAUAAACAACUCAGGCGUAAGAACAAUGAUAAUGUGCGUGCCGCUUAAGACAAAAUGAUAUAAAUUAAUGACACUAUGGCGUAUCGCUAACGGGACACGCAUGCAACCAACAGGUGACCGUCGCCGAAUCGUAAAUAAAUCUUAAUUAGCUAAAGCGAGUCUACUUUACUGCCUAUCAUUUAACUGUAAUUAUCCUGAUAUUUUAAUUGCUUAGGCCUAGCUUGCGGAGGCACUAAAUCACAUCCUCAUGGUCGCUCUUCAAAUGAGCAUUAGGUGCUUGAAGCGAUGAUUGACAGAUGUCGGGAGGGUGGCGCGGUGUCGCGGAUAGUCGCGACGGCGGCGCUUCAGACGUUAAGCAAAAUGUAUUGUCGAAAAUGCACCGGUGUGCAUGCAUGCAACCUGCUGUCACGUCGCAAGUUCAAGAGCAGGCACGCGCCUCGGCAGCGAGCAGAAACGCCGCAGCUUUGGCACGGAGCGCACGCCGCCGCCGCUACACGUCACUCGCGGUUCACGGUCGCAUCGCGAUACGCACGAGUGUUGGGAAAAUAAUCAACUAAAAAUAUCAAAGUGUUUUUUUCACGUGAAGCAACGAUGCGGAACUUUUUACGGUCAUUUGUGUUACUGGUGACGGUGGCAGCGUCCCUGGCGGCGCCCUCACCGACCGCCGGCGCCGGCGCAGACAACACCGUCGACAAGGCUGAACCCUCCACUCACGAGCUGCUCAGCUCACUCGGCUUGAAGAAGCUGAGGAUACCCGCUGCGCACCACAGGAAGCGCCUGGCCGAGCAAGGCAGGCGCCACGCGACCGGCGACUCAAGGAUGUACGUCAUCAAACUGCCCCCCAACACCAGCUACUACAGCCACGCGGAGCCCGCGCCCGCCGCCGCCAGGACCCUGCCUCUACAGAUGACCAGCAACGGGAAACCCGCGCGGGUCUACCACUGGAACAUACCCGUACUCCAGAAGUUCGCCAAGAACCGUCCUCAAGCGAGGUUCGACGAUGACAUAGUGGAUGUUGAGAGCACGCCCACUUGGCCGAAGGUCAGCCAUCCAAACUCGCUCGACGCAUUAGCGUACUACGUACCAGCUAAGAAGACCUCCUUCAGGAAGUACUUCUCCGGGAACGGAAAGCCCAAAUCUUUCUACGUGAUUGAGAAGAAUAAGAAAAACACGGAAUACCAUAAGCUACUGCCGUAAUCACCGCGUCAUGUACUCCCCUGUAGAUAUAGAAGUAGAGAUACGAAUCUAUUGAGUCUGAGUGUAAAGACAGAUAUACAACAGUAGCUAACCUAGAGGCAUUUUGUAUGUACUUUACGCUAUUAGUCUUUCUGCAAGUUUUAUCUCAUAAAUUUAUAUAACAGCAGAGAACAGGUACUUAGCGUUAAAUACAAAUUUCAUUUACUCACAAAUCUAUUGUAGAGCAGUGGAUGGAACGACCAAUAAUUUUCUUGUCAAUAACAUUAUUUACGCGACCGUCAAUACAAUAACUUACUGUUAUUUAUUGACAAAUAUACAGUCGCCUCUUUAAAUAAACUUUGACUCUACAUUCAUUAAAUGUCAACCACAAAGUUUCGAGGCUUCGAAUAGAAAAGAAAACUAAAACUAAAUCGAUUGAAUAAUGCACAUGAAUCGAAAUAAAAUACAUUAAUAGCAAAUCAAAUUCUGUAUUAUCUGUAUUUCUAGAUUAAUUAAGGGUCUCCAUUACAACCUCUGUCAUUCCGCAAUAAUGACACUAUAUCAAAGUAAACGUAACGUAAGCAAAGUCUGUUAAAAAUAUAUUAUUAUUUUUCAUGACUACUAAAGUUCUACAAUUCUGUUAAUAUUUGAGUCAUUAUCCAGUGGAGACAAAGUUUUCAACAAACCUUUGAAUGUCACUCGACAUUGCUGAUUGAGAAGCUCAAUCAUCAAUAGUACAUUAUGUGGCAAUUAAUUUCAGCGACACUGCGCUGUAUUGAUAAUAAAAUACGUGCUAAAAUUAAUUAAGUGUCAGGAACUUAAACUAAACCACACUGAGGAGAUGUCAUUGUUCGCUAUUAAAAAAAUAAGUGUUUUUUUUUUUUAAUAUGGAAAUCCUAAGUUGACAGUUUCGCAUUCGGCCAAAAGUGUCAGUUCAAAACCAGUGCAUAAAAAAUACCGUUCCUUUUUGAAACGUUUACUAAGGAGGUAUAUUUGGAGGCUAAGUUAUAACACUUAAUUACCCACAUAUCUAUAUGCGUAAUGUAAUAUUGUAAACUGCAUUGUAUAUAUGGGCCAGCUUCCGCAAUCUAGAGUUAGGUAAUCGAUAGGUGCUUAGACAUUAUACUAAGACUGCAUCACGAAUUUAAAUUAUUACCUAGAAUGUUUACUGCAUUUACUCGUAGAGACGUCGAAAACUAUAUUAUAAGUGAAUAGUGUAACGAAGUACACAUUUUGAAAAUACACACAAAGGGUUACGAAAAAACAUGGGACGAAUUGCGUAACUUUGCCAGUUGCAAUGCGUAGCUCAUAAAUAUAGAAAAAAAAUAAGGAAUAUAAUUAAGAAAAGGAAACAAUAUGUCCAUAUGAAAAUGCAAAAUGUUUAAAUAGGUAAAUAACAUGGCCACGCAAAG